AAAACGUCGUAAAUCGAAAGGCCCACGAGCAAAUGACAGCUCUCUCUCUCUCUAGCAGAGCAGGAAUUCAAUUCCCACCAUUUUUCCAUACCCCCCCACACCAAACACACCUGUCCCUGUGAAACUGCAUCGUAUACAUACAUGUAUGUAUAGAGAGAGAAACUAGACACAGACAGACCUAGAGAGAGAGAGGGGUUGAGAAUGGUGUCUUACGUGAGUGUGCUGCUUUACGGAGUGGGAGGCAUAGUGGUGGCCGGGAUGGCAUUGCUGGUGGCGUUUCAAGAGCGUCUCGUCUACGUUCCGGUGUUGCCUGGCCUCACCAAGUCCUACCCUGUCACUCCUUCUCGUCUCCGCCUCACCUACGAAGAUGUAUGGCUCAGAUCUUCCGAUGGAGUUCGCCUUCACGCCUGGUUCAUCAAGCUCUUCCCUGACUGCCGAGGCCCAACCAUUCUGUUUUUCCAAGAAAAUGCUGGGAAUAUUGCACAUCGUCUUGAAAUGGUUCGCAUAAUGUUGCAGAAAUUGCAAUGUAACGUUUUCAUGCUUUCCUACAGAGGUUAUGGGGCUAGUGAUGGCUACCCUUCUCAACAUGGUAUCACAAAGGAUGCUCAGGCUGCAUUGGAUCAUCUGGCUCAAAGGACUGACAUUGACACAUCUAGAAUAGUUGUUUUUGGAAGGUCACUGGGGGGUGCUGUGGGGGCUGUACUUACCAAAAACAACCCCGAAAAGGUUGCCGGACUGAUACUGGAGAACACUUUUACAUCUAUUUUGGACAUGGCUGGAGUUCUUCUACCCUUUCUGAAAUGGUUUAUUGGAAGUAGUAGCUCAAAUGGUCCCAAGGUUCUUAAUUCUCUUGUUCGUUCUCCAUGGAGUACGAUUGAUGUAAUUGGCCAGAUCAAACAGCCAAUCCUUUUCCUCUCUGGAUUGCAAGAUGAAAUGGUUCCUCCACCGCACAUGCAAAUGCUAUAUGCGAAAGCUGCUGCACAUAACAGUCGAUGCAUCUUUGUGGAUUUUCCUAAUGGCAUGCAUAUGGACACAUGGCUGUCUGGUGGAGAUCGCUAUUGGAGAACAGUUCAACUGUUUUUGGAACAAAAUGUUCCAGAGAACAAGGAUGAUCUAUCUUCCCACAAGGACAGUUAUUCCGAGGCACGGUGACUGGCCGAGGUUUAGAAUCUUGUGGUCUAAUGCAUUAGGCCACCCCAGAACUCAAACUAUUUGUACCUUUUUGACAUUGCAGUGACGGAAAGCUCUUUGUGAUUGCCGGUGGGAGCUGCUGCAUCAGGUUUUUUUUUUUCUCUAGGAGACAUUUUUUCGGUUUACCAAUUUCAGAAGAUCGAAAAAUGUGAAUGCCUUUCGCUAUACUAUAUGACCCAGACAUACUGCUCAAGCUUGGAUCAAUCCUAACUUAUGAUCAUUGUGUGGAAUAAGACGCUGAAAAAAAUGAAACUGUGUACCAUAAAUUUAUGAGCUGAACUGGCUGACUCUUUUUUGAUGUACUAUGACGGGCCUAUUUUUUUUUGGACAACUUUUAGCUUGGGAAUUGGGGCUUCGAGAAGUUUGAGUAACUUGUUGAGUCAAAUGACAUCUUGAUGAUCUGCCCUAUUGUGCUAUAUUGAUUCAUUCUUGCUUCUUGUUUUAGUGUUUUUCAAUUAGACUAUAUUUUGGAAUAUGAAUCGAAAGAACUGUAAUACAUGA